AUGUCCGCCAUUCAGCUUUCAUUCUCCCUCCGUGUCUCCUCUGGCGUCAAGACCGUCCACCUUCUCGGUUCCUGGGACAACUACUGCGGCCAGCUUCCGCUUUCAAAGGACAAGACAGCUUCGAAGCCCGGCACGUGGAAGGGCACCUUCCGCUUCCAACCCACCACGCUCGAGGCCGGCCAACGCUACUGGUACUACUACAUCAUCGACGGGUACCACGCGGCGCACAACCCCAGCCAGGACUCGACUGUUGAGCCCACCACUGGCCGAACGCUAAACAUCCUUGAUGUCCCCAAGUCCAAGUCUUCCUCUUCCUCCAAGUCAUCGUCUCGCAAGUCGACCUCAUCAUCCAAGAGCCGGUCAAGCUUGACCGUCGACGUCGCCAAGGGUCGCCCAUUGUCCGUGUCUCAAAUCAAGGCCCCCAAGCCCAUGUCGCCUCAUGCCACGCGCCAUAUCCUCGACGGUGACUUUGACGAGAACGAACUCAGCAGUCGCUUUGCUGCCACCGGCAUCUAUGACGAGUACGACGACUAUAUCGAGGAUGUCAUCACCGACUUUGGUUCUCGCGGUUCCCCUGUUUCGUCCGUCUCCUCGCUCUCGUACAGCUCCGACGGCUCGGGCUUGUCCGGUUAUAGCACUCCGGCGUCGGACUGCUCAUCAUGCACCUGCGAGCGCUAUGGCAUCACGCGCAAGGGCGAGCGUGUACGCAUCGACUGCGGAGGCACCCGAUGCUCGUACGAAGAGUCUUGCUCCUCAUCCGAAGAUGAGGCUGCCUAUGUUGAGCGCAGCUCCCGCCGCCACGGCAUCGUCGUGCGCCACUAG